GGCUGUUGUAUCAAUCGUUUCCUUUUAUUUUCUUUCAAUUGAUAAAAUAAUACAUCCAAUUCGCCUCUCUUAGUUUUGAUCUUCUUUAAAAGUUUUCUUUAAAAUGAACAACAGCCCUUUCAGCUUUGAUUCUAUUAGCAGGUCAAUCCAAGGGAUUGGUACCCAGGUACAAGGUUUUGGUUCUCAAGUUAUACCAUCUGUUAAGAGAACUCAGAGAUUAAUUGAGGAAAAGUUGGGUAAUGUUAACGAUGUAUCUCAAUUACCACAAGACUACGUUGAUUUGGAGAAGAAAAUUGAUUCAAUAAAAUUGAUCUACAACAAGUUGUUAAAUAUCACCAUGAUAUACGAAAAUGAAAAUUAUGAUUAUCCUCCUAAUUUGAAAGAGAAUUUUAUUGAUUUGUCUAAUAAUGUGGUCGAAAAAGUAAGAGAUUUAUCAAAAGUCACCUCUGUUCAAGAAAUGGAAUCGGUUUUAAUUGGUGGAAAUUCCAAUCAAAACAAAGCUCCUCCAAAAACUUUGAAUCAUGCUUUAGGUAGAGCUGCUAUUACUGGCUCCCAAGAUUUGCAAAAAAAUACCUCUGCUAAUAAUUCCACAUUUAAUUUAUCACUCAUUGAUGCCCUUAAUAAAUUCGGUUCUACUGAAUUAAAAAUUGGUGAAGCCAGAUUAACUCAAGAUAAUUUGAUCAGAUCCCGUUUUAAUCUACCAAUGCAAAAGACCUUAAAGACUUCUUUAAAGAAUUGUCAAAGAGCAAGAAUUUUGGUUGAACAAAAAAGAUUAAGCUAUGAUUCUGCAAGAUCUUCUUUAAAAAAUUGUAAAAAUCCUGCAAAAGAACAAAGUUUAAGAAGUCAAAUGGAGACUCUUGAGGAUGAAUUUGCUUCUGCCACUGAAGAUGCUGUAUCAAUUAUGAAAUCUGUUAUUGAGAAUUCUCAACCCUUAAAUGAACUUAUAGAAUUAGUCAAUGCCCAAUUAAUUUACCAUCAGCAAGCCACAAAUUUAUUAUCUUCUUUACUACCUGAAAUUAAAAACUUGAAUGAAAUUUCAAUCAAGAACAAAUCUUCUGCUUUUGGUCCUGACGAUGAUGAUGAUAAUUUAAAUAUCUAAUUAAAAUAAUUUUUAGAUAUUUUACCAGUUCAAUGAAUUGUUACUGGGUAGUUUUCAAACAUUUUUUUAUUUUUCUGUUUCUAUUUUUGUUUCCAGUUUCUCCUGAAAUUCCUUAUUUACAUUCUUUUAGAUUUUAUUUUGCCUUGCCUUUUUUUUUUCAAUUUUUUUUUACCUUUUACUUUAUAC